CAUAUAUACCCCGCCGUAGUCACACCUCUUCACUAUCAUCAACUCUUCUCACCACACUCAACAUGGCAGGAAACGCUGCACAGAUCAAUGACACUAUUCCCAUGAAGGGAUCGUCGAGAACACAGUUCGAUUUCCCGACCACAUUCGACCACUCUGGUAUACCAUUGGAGGCGGAUGAGGUCCCUGUCAUUAUCAUUGGCUCCAGUAUGGUUGGCAUGUUUAUGGGACUACUACUGGGUCAUCAUGGCGUCCCUUCCAUAUCCUUCGAUCGUCACCCCUCGACUGCGAUUCAUCCUCGAGCGGCACUAUUCCUUCUUCGCACUGUCGAGAUACUACGUCAGUUAGGACUCGAAGAGACAUUUGUGAAGGAGAGUCGAUCAAACUUCGACCUUGAUGCCGGUAUGCUUGUGGUGGAAAAGUUAUACAAAGGCAAGACACUUGCAUCCUUCCAGGAGAGCGAUCCUGCAGAAGUUGCAAAGGUCACUCCAAGUGUCCGACUCUGGCUUACGCAAAAUAUGUUCGAGCCCAUACUUCGAAGACAUGCAUUGAGUUAUGGAGCUCAGCAACAGUUUGGUCAAAGCGUGGUACAUUACGAGGAACUUCCGGAUGGUGUGCUGGUAGUUGUCAAAGGCGAUGACGGCACGCUGAAGAAGUAUAAGACGCAGUACCUCGUAAGCUCAGACGGUAACCGAAGUGCAACACGAAAAAAGGAGGGCAUUGAGUGGAGCGGACCAGGACACAUCAAUAAUGCCAUCUCGAUCAACUUCAAAGCAGACUUGGUACCUUAUCUCGGUACUCGAGCGGUCCAUGGAACGACUUACAUCAACAACAAAGAUGUGAGUGGGGGCUUUCGUCUCGAUGCUGGUGGUAAAGGAGGUUUCUUGAUUGUCACUCGUGCAGCAAGUCGAGAAGGAUUUGAGCCAGAUUCCGUGUCUGAAGAAGAAGCUCGCGCUUUUUUCGAAAACUGCUCCGGCAUCAAUGCCGAUGAUUGUGGGUUGAAGAUCCAGUUCAUCUCGUACUGGUCAGUCGCAGCGUAUACGGCAGAAACCUUCAGGGGCAAGAAGGAAAAUAGUCGUGUCUUCAUCAUGGGUGAUGCAGCUCAUGUUAUGCCACCAACGGGUGGUAUGGGCGGCAACACGGGCGUUGCGGACGCUUACAACCUCGCAUGGAAACUUGCCUUCGUUCUUGGUGGCAAGGCAUCCUCGCGCCUUCUUGAUACCUACGAUCAAGAGCGUCAGCCAGCAGCAGAGUUUGCAAUGGAGCAAGCCUUCUCCAGGCUUGUCACUCGAGUCUACCAUGGAAAGAGCCCCGAUGGAACCAAGUCUCUACCUGAACUAUCCGACAUGAUCUGUGAACUGGGUCUCCGCUUCACCUGUGGCGCGAUUUGCCUCUCAGACAACCAAAACUCGAACAAGACCCACGAAGAUCCAUACGACCCAUACGUCCUACCAGGAGGAAGGCUGCCUCAUGUUAUUCUCAACGUCUCAGGUAAAAGCUUGUCAAGUCUUGACCUAAUCAAGCAGAAUUUCGUUCUCUUUGUCGCCGAACAGGACUCGCCGUGGUUACAAGCAUCGCAGGACCAAAUAUUGCCAAUCGACUUUUGCGAAAUCAACAUGACAUCGACCUACCAAGAUCGAGAGGGGCUUGCACGGAAGACUUGGAAGCUUACCAGAGGCGAAGCUUUGCUCGUCAGACCAGAUGGAGUGAUUGCAUGGAGAUCUGGUGAGGUGAAAGGCACCACACACUGCGAGUCUCUGAAGCACGCUUUGAAGAUCAUUCUCGAAGAUUAGAUGUUAGAUGGACAAGAUGGUGUCAGACGAGUGAUACUAGAGUCUCUACAAUGGUUCACAUAGCAAGCUGGGAAGAACUGGCCAUUAUCAUCAUAUCUGCAUGUUCAGCUAUCGAUGGAAACAAUCAGACUUCUUUCUUGUGGAAUGAUGCUUCUUGGUACAGGUUUACGACUUGUAGAAUCAUAAUUUUGUGGCGAAAUGUCGACACAAUAUCAUUCGAG